AAAAAAACCAACGCGUACAGAUUGCUAUCUCUCUGGCACACGCACACGCACUGGUUUCUGAUUUUCGUUAUCUUAGAUUCAUCGGAAUUUCAAAGACAAAUGGCCAAAUCGGGAAAAGAUACGACGUCGUAUCCGCCGAUAAAGGCAGAUCAAUACACACACAGCCCAGUUCACUACGCAGUGGCCAAUGGCGAGCACGCAAAGCUUUCCAGAAUAAUAUCUUCCCUCCCCCGACUCCCCGACCCGGAACGAGUCGCCACCGAGUCAGACUCGCUAACUCAGGACCGACUCGCGGAAAAAAUAUCCGCCGUCCUCGACCGCCGCGACGUCCCGUUCCGCGAGACCCCGCUCCACCUCGCCGUCCGCCUCAACGAUAUCGCCGCCGCGCGCGCCCUCGCCUCCGCCGGCGCCGACAUCUCGCUCCACAACGCCGCCGGAUGGAACCCCCUCCAGGAGGCGCUCUGCCGCCGCGCCUCCGACAUCGCGCACCUGCUCGUUCGCCUCCACCACCGCGCCGCCUGGGCCAAGUGGCGCCGCCGCCUCCCGCGCCUCGUGGCCGCGCUCCGCCGCAUGCGCGACUUCUACAUGGAGAUCUCGUUCCACUUCGAGAGCUCCGUUAUCCCCUUCGUCGGAAAAAUCGCUCCCUCCGACACCUACAAAAUCUGGAAGCGCGACGGCAACCUCCGCGCCGACACCACCCUCGCCGGCUUCGACGGCCUCAAAAUCCAGCGCGCCGACCAGAGCUUCCUCUUCCUCGGCGACGGCGACGCCGCCGCCGACGUUCCCGCCGGCUCCCUCCUCGUCCUCAACCGCGAUGACAAGAAAAUCUUCGACGCCUUCGAGAACGCCGGCGCUCCGAUGAGCGAUUCCGACGCGGCGGGGUUCUGCUCGCAGAGUAGCGUGUAUCGGCCCGGGAUGGAUGUGACUAAAGCAGAGCUCGUCGGAAGAACCAAUUGGAGGAGACAAGAGAAGAUGGAAAACGUGGGAGAGUGGAAGGCUAGGGUUUACGAAGUGCAUAACGUGGUUUUCAGUUUCCGGUCACGAAAAAUCCCCGCCGGCGAAUCUGACGUGGCGGGGAGCGAGCAGGGCCCGCCCGCCGAGGCUGUGGACGAUGAUGGUUUCCUCGUUGCGGAGAUUGGAAUUCCAAAUAGCAAUGCUGAUAAGAGAAGACACAGUAGUUUUGUUCGAGAAGAGAGAGAGUGGGUCCCAGUGGGGAGAAAAAGCGUGGAUUUGCCCUCCGUUUCGGUGGCGCCGCCGAGGAGAUCUUCCGCUGCGGCGGCGCCACUGCCGGCGCUGCCAACGAAGGAGAAGGAGUAUUUGAGAAGUUUGCGGCCGGCGGUGUGGCUGACGGAGCAGUUUCCGUUGAAGACGGAGGAGCUUUUACCGUUGUUGGACAUUCUGGCGAACAAGGUGAAAGCGGUGCGGCGGCUCCGGGAGCUGCUCACGACGAAGUUCCCGCCGGGGAGUUUCCCGGUUAAGGUGGCGAUCCCGGUGGUCCCCACGGUGAGGGUGGUGGUCACGUUUACCAAGUUCGUGGAGCUGCAACCUGUGGAGAGGUUCUACACGCCGUUUUCGAGUCCCAGGCAUUUGCUCAGCGGUGAUGAUGAUCGUGAUAAUGAUGAUAGAGAACGAGGAAGAGAGGGGUCGUCAUCGUCUUUUGGGGGAUCCACGUGGCUGAAAAGAAACACCAGUAGUAGUAACCAAUCGUGGGGUAAGCACCAGCAACGAAGUUCUUCUGGGGCAUUGGAUUCGGACCCUUUUGCUAUUCCUGCGGGGUAUACGUGGACCAAUAAUGGGGGUGAUUCCUCCCGGAAAAUCAACAAGUCCAAGUCUAUGAGAAGGUCCAAAUGAAAAACGCACCACACAGGAAGAGUAACGGUGGAAAAUUACACCAGCGACUAUGCAUAAAUGGGAAAAAAAUUAAGCUGAAAGAAAAUAUGAACGAUUGUAGCAAUGUGCCAAAAGCUGCAUCUAUUAUUGUGUAAAUAUCCCCGUGUUCAUAGAGGUUCGCAGCAAGUAGUUUUUACAAGUUAGAGCUACACUACUUCACUCACAGUUUUGUUUUGUUUUGUCUAGUCUAUCUUUAGUAAUAUAGAAAUUUGUUAUGGUUUCAUUUUUCAUUUUUGGAUUGGGUGCUGGGGCAGGGAAAGAGAUCAGUUUUUUCAUGAUUGUUUCUGGUUAAGUUUCAAUCUGAUAUUGCCAAUGUCACACCAUCCUUUGCUGCC